AUGCUCUCCCCACUCCCCUCCCUCACAGCCCUAGCGCUAUCCCUCCUGCUAGCCAAUAUAGCAACCAGCACAACCACCGAAGACACACCCCAACUCUUCACCAACAUGACCCUGACCACAGACGACGUCUUCUCCCUCUUCGACACCCCACUAAACACCCGCGACCUGCAAUGUCGCGCCGGAUACAGCCAAUGCGCCUACAACUCCCGGCGCUGCUGUCCCACCGCCGGGAAAUGCUGCGGGAACGGGUACUGCGCCGAUGCAGGCGAGACGUGCUGCACCGGCGGUGGGACGUGUCGGGUUGGGUAUAAGUGCUGCGCUGGGUCGACGGGAUGUGCGCCGAAUGAUGGGCAGUGCUGUACCGGUGGUUACUACUGUCCUGCGGGGAAGAUGUGUCGUAUCUAUAAUGGGCGCAAGGUUUGUUGUCCGUUGACGGGUUGUUCGGGGGAAUAUGAUGGGAUUGGGUCUGGGGGGUCGCUUACGGGGUCGGAUACUACGUCUACGUCUACGUCUACUGAGACCGAGACGGAGACGGCGACGACGACUUAUGUUGAUGUUGAUUGGGAUUAUUAUUAUACUACUAUCUACUGGACUUAUUGGUUCUACUACUGGACUUCUUAUGCCCCCUACACUGUUCGGACGGUUACUUCUACUACCACCACUACUCGCACUGUCUUCUCUGUUUUUGCGUCGAAUAGCGCCGAGGCGACUUCUUCGCUUAGGGAGAGCUCCUCUAGUUACUCGUUCUCGACUCCUUACGAGGCGACUUCUCUGGCCCGCUCGUCGGACCCUGUCACGUUGAGAACGGGUGCCUCUGCUCCGUCUGCUACUUCGUCGCUUGAUUCAACAUAUGGGAUUAUUGCAGGGGCAGGUCCACUCAAUGGGGAAGGUUCUACUGGUUCUGCUGCGAGUGUGAGCAUUAUUGGGAAUGGCAUUGGCAUCCUGGCUGCUGUCUUGGCUGCUGCAAUUGGUGGAUUGGCCUUUGGGCUGUGA